GCGGAGUCUGCAGGAUGGCACCGGACCCCUGGUUCUCCACAUACGAUUCUACUUGUCAAAUUGCCCAAGAAAUUGCGGAGAAAAUUCAACAACGAAAUCAGUAUGAAAGAAAAGGUGAAAAGGCACCGAAGCUUACCGUGACAAUCAGAGCUUUGUUGCAGAACCUGAAGGAAAAGAUCGCCCUUUUGAAGGACUUAUUGCUAAGAGCUGUGGCAACACAUCAGAUAACACAGCUUGAAGGGGACCGAAGACAGAACCUGUUGGAUGAUCUUGUAACUCGGGAGAGACUACUUCUGGCAUCCUUUAAGAAUGAGGGUGCCGAACCAGAUCUAAUCAGGUCCAGCCUGAUGAGUGAAGAGGCUAAGCGAGGAGCACCCAACCCUUGGCUCUUUGAGGAGCCAGAGGAGACCAGAGGCUUGGGUUUUGAUGAAAUCCGGCAACAGCAGCAGAAAAUUAUCCAAGAACAGGACGCAGGCCUUGAUGCCCUUUCUUCCAUCAUAAGUCGCCAAAAACAAAUGGGACAGGAAAUUGGGAAUGAAUUGGAUGAACAAAAUGAGAUAAUUGACGACCUUGCCAACCUGGUGGAGAACACAGAUGAAAAACUUCGCACUGAAACCAGGCGUGUAAACCUGGUGGACAGAAAGUCAACCUCUUGUGGGAUGAUCAUGGUGAUUUUACUGCUGCUCGUGGCUAUCGUGGUGGUUGCGGUCUGGCCGACUAAUUGAUGGCAGUAAAGA